GAGUGUGGAGGCUUCAUCUGAGACUAUAAAAACUCUGAGAGAAAAGUGAACAUUAGGGAUAAGUUAGGGGAGACCAGCUGUGAAGGACCAGCAGCUCCAAGGCUUCCGAGGACCAUCCAUCUGUAACCCCAGGAAAGAUGCUGUCAGGCCGGCGAGCAGUAGGGAGCGUUGUCCUGGUCAUCACACUGAUCCAAUGGCAAUCCGGCUUGGCUCUCCUGGAAGAGGCGUCACCAGAGCAACCCUUGGACCCUUCCCUUGCCCUCAGCAAGGCGCCUGCUUCCCCCUCCAGCGGAGAGAAGUCAGCCGUUGACCUGGCUGCCAAACUCCUGCUCCUGGACGAGUUGGUGUCCCUCGAAAACGACGUCAUCGAGACCAAGAAGAAGCGGAGUUUCUCAGGGUUUGGCUCCCCCCUUGACAGGCUCUCGGCCAGCUCCGUGGACCUGAAAACCAAGCAGAGGAAAGUCGUGCAACUGCCCAAGAGACGGUUUGGACUUCCUCUAGACCGGAUCGGAGUGAACCGCCUGAGCAACUCCAGAGCUUAGCAGACGUGGGUAAGAUCAAGUCACCCAUGGUCUGUGUAGAUCUGCCAGCCCUCGUUGAAGCUGUGUCCAGUGCAUCUCCCAUUGCAGAAGACACUUCAAAGAGCCCCACCCUCUUGUCUUCACCGAAUGACUUUGCAGUUAAGGAGCAGAUCUCCUAAAACACACGCA